UCGACUUUUGGUCCCUCGUCGACGCCCAGUUUAACAACAAUAAAGAGCGAAUUGUCAUUUCUAGUCCCAUUAAACAAAGAGGAAAAAAUACUUAUAAUAUACAUACACACGCACGUUGUAAAAUGAGUGGUUCGUGGUUGUCCAUUGACGAGCGCAUGAAGCGAGGAUUUGAAAUUCUGGAUAAAAUAGAAAACAGCAAACUUCGCCUUCUCGUCAAUAGAAUCUGCCAGAGUCUGCAGUCCGGAGUCAGCAAGAAUAUCUUUAACACCGAGGAAGAAGAGAAGCUUCUAGUUUCUUUAAAUCUAGAGAAGGUCGAUCUGACUAUUUUAUUACAAACGAUAACCUCCGUGUACAGUCAAGCGUCCUUCCAUCUUGUCAAAUCAGCUGCUCUAGAAAAUACCAUGAAGGAACAUUGUUCGAUCGGUAAGGAUAAAGUUGCCAUUCUCGAGCACGCUUGGAUUACCCAUUCCGAGGGAAUCGUUAAUGCCUUCAAGCGUCAAUCGAUCUUCCCUACGCAAGUGACGGACAUAAGUUGGAGCGUCGACGUAAAGGCUGCUUCGACCGCUACGGCGAAGGAGGCCAAGCCAAUCGCCAAACUUCAGCUAAAUUUAGGCGGUCUUGAGAAUUCCAGAGUCACCGUGGAAAUGAACAAAACAGAUUUGUGGAAUCUCUUUCACAAGCUGGAUGACAUUCAAUCGCAAUUGGAGUCAUUGAAGUGGGUCCCAUCGUCCAUUCUACUUUGAUAAUUAAGAAAUUACAAUUAAGACA